UGGCAGGAUAAUUUUUCGGCCCGCGGCCUCGUAAUUGCAAGUAAAGGCUGCCCACAAGUGCGGACAGUCGCGCAGCGAGGCUCUGCAACAAGCGAGGCACCGCUCGCAACACAAAGGGCAGCAGAGCCGUGCUACUCAGGGGCAGCCUCGCGACCCCACAACCAUGGCCGCCGAUCCCGCCUAUUACCACCGCGACGGCAGCGGCACCUUCCAUGCCUACGACGCCGCGACGAACGCGCUGCUGGAGGAGGCCUACCGCACCCAGAAGACCUGCCGCCUCCCCGUGCGGGGCAUGCACCUCGAGGUCCGGUUCGGCGCCAAGGCGACGAGCGACCGCGUCGCCGUCCCGCCGCUGUCACGCAUCGUGCAAGUGAACUGCGGGGCCCAAAACACGCCGACGCGCGUCGUGUUGCGGGUCGAGGCCGGCGAGGACCCCGCCGCCGUCUACGUCGCGCUCGGGGCGGCCGCGGACACGUCGGAAAAAAAACUGCGGCACCGCUACGCGCGCCUCGUCGCCCUCGACGGAAGCGCCGAGGCCGACGUGCAUAUACUACGUAGGGAGGGCGCGGCCCACCGCUGCCGCUUCGAGGAUGGCUCCGAGCACGUCCUGAGCCUCCGGUGCCGGGAGCGCGCCGAGGAUCCGCACGCGCGGCCCUUCCGCGUCCUCGCCGAGCCGCCGCCCUGGGUGCUCGACCAGGCGGCGGAGCGCGCGGCGGCGCGGCGCGGCGCCGAAACAGACAUGCUCGAGGUGACGGUCUUCGCGGGCCGGGCCGUCGGCGCGACGGGCGACGCGGAGAAGGAUGCGGCGGUGACCAUCAAGCUCAAGGCGUCCGUCGCGCUGCCCGGGUUCGAGACGAAGCACUCCGCGAAGGCCGUGGCGGCGUACCCCGGCGUGACUUGCGCGUUCGUGGACGCGGCGACGUGCGUCCCGCCGGAGCUCUCCUUUCGAGCCCCGUCCGGCGCCUCGCUCGUGAUCACCGCGUUCCACAAGGGGGGAGGGCUGCUGGGCCGCGCGACGGCGCGAGGCGUGUUGACCGUACCCUUGGACGUGCUCAAGCCCGACGAGGACUCGACGGGCUGGCUCAAGCUCUCGGACGGCGGCGAUCUCCAGCUCCGGCUGCGGUGGUGCCGCAACGGGGCGUUCGUGCCGGCCGGGGCGGCUCCGCAGGCGCCGCCGCCGGCCGAAGCGCAGCCAGAAGCGGGGGAGGCCCCGCCGCUGCCGCCGCGGCCCCCGGCGCGCGAGCCGAGCGUCGACGACGAGUUCUUCGACGCGCAGGCGCCGCCGUCGCCGGCCGAUCCCGCGCCGCCAGUUGCCGCGGCGCCGCCCAGACGACCGGCUCCUGCGUUCCUCGGCGGUAUCCAGGGCCAAGCGACAAAACUGCGCCCCACGCCCGCCGCGGCGGCGCCGCCCGGACCCGCGCCUGCCGCGGCCCGGCCCGGUCCCCCGUCGUUCUUGGCGGGCAUUGCCGGCGGCGCGGCGACGCUGAAGAAGGCGCCGGCUCGGCCCGCGCCGCCGCAAGGCCUUUUAGCGGGCAUCAAAGGCGGCGCCGCGACGCUCAAGAAGGCGCCGCCACCCGCGCCGACGCGCGGCGGCGGCCUCGCGCCGACGCUCUGCGACCAGCUGCGCGGCGGCGUGACGCUCCGCCACGCGUCGCAGCGGAAGCUCAAGCCCGUUCAGAAGCAGGGCGACCUCAUGUCGGAGAUCGCGGCCAAGUUGGCGGAGCGCCGCGGCCGCAUCGCCGCGAUGCAGCGCCACGAGAGCGACUCGGACGACGACGACGACAGUGGCUGGGACGACAGCGACUAAUUAACUAAACACUUAA